ACUUAUCAGUUUGAAACGAGUUUUAACCAGGGUUCCAAACAAAAUCAUCUGAUAAGACUAAAAUCGUCAACAUGAAGACCACAGUGCCAUUAUUAUUGUUGGUGUUAAUUUCAAGUUAUGGUGUAAACAGUGCCAAAAUUUUGGGCGUAAUGCCCGUCACAGGCCGCAGCCAUUACAUCCUCGUAAGCACCCUAAUGCGCGCCCUUGCCGAAAAAGGCCACGAUGUGACCGUUAUAAGUUGUUGGGGCGAAAAAAAUCCGCCUAAAAAUGGCACUUACAGAGACAUUGUCGUAACUGGGGCUUUUGAAGAAAUGCAAAAACUCAUGUCUGGGGCCGACAUGAAUCUGUUUGAUAUGGAUAGUCAAAAUCCGCUUGUUGGUGCAAUUUUUAUGGCUACCAUGUUCCCAGCAAUGACGGAAAUAACCCUAAAGCAUGAAAAUGUCCAAAAGUUGAUUAACUCGGGCGAAAAGUUCGAUGUUGUCAUUGUGGAACAGUUUGCCAAUGAUGCACAAAAAGGGCUCUCGACGCAUUUUGGGGCCCCUUUGGUCAGUCUCAGUGGCGUGGGGGCGAACUAUUGGGCCAACGCUUUAGUGGGGAAUCCUUCACCCCCAUCUUACAUCCCCGAUAUUAUGCUGGACUAUUCAGUCCCAAUGGCGUUUUGUGAAAGAGUUGUUAAUAGUUUUGUUUACGUUUUUAACGAACUUUUACACAAGUUUUAUAUCUUCCGUAAACACAACGAAAUUAUGAAAAAGUACAUCCCGAAUGCGCCAGCUCAUAUCAGUGACGUACUUUACAACAAUUCCAUUAUUUUGAUGAACUCCCAUCCCAGUAUCAACCAACCUGUCCCAUAUGUGCCCAGCAUGGUCGAUAUCGGAGGCUUUCAUGUCAAACCCCCGAAAAAACUACCACAAGACCUACAAGAAUUUUUGGAUGGUGCCAAAGACGGUGUCAUUUACUUCAGCAUGGGUUCUAAUUUAAAAAGUGCAGAAUUACCGAACGACAAACGCGACGCAAUCCUUAAAACUUUCGCAAAGUUGAAACAAAAAGUCCUGUGGAAGUGGGAGGAGGAAGACCUUCCGGGAAAAUCACCAAAUGUUAAGACUGCGAAAUGGUUACCUCAGCAAGAUAUUCUUGCGCACCCUAACGUUAAACUGUUCAUAACCCACGGUGGUCUUUUAAGUACCAUCGAGACAAUUUACCAUGGGGUGCCCAUUUUGGCAAUACCUAUUUUUGGUGAUCAGAAAAUGAACGCAAGGUCGGCAGUUAAGAGUGGGUAUGGUGUUUAUCUUGCUUACAGUGAAAUAAAGGAGGAAACGUUGACUAACAGUAUUAACGAAGUAUUAAAUAAUCAGAAGUACAAAGACAAUGUGCAAAAACGAUCGAAGUUGUUCCACGACCGUAUUGUUAGUCCUUUGGACACAGCGAUUUAUUGGAUUGAAUAUGUCAUUCGGCACAAAGGGGCACCUCAUUUGAGAGUAGCCGCCUUGGACUUACCAUGGUACAAAUAUUUGUUGUUGGACGUUAUUGGAGUGAUUGCUUUAGUGUUGCUAAGUUCAUUAUUAGUUUUCUGUUAUAUUGUAAAAUUAAUUGCCAGAAAAAUGUGUUCGAAAAAAACUAACAAGGGCAAGAAAAGCAAAAAAGAAUAGAUUUUUAAACAUUGUACGUAUUUUUUUAUUUAAAUAAAUAUUUAAAUGAA